AUGCUCGGUAUGAAGACGGUCCUGCUGCUCCUCGUCAUCCUGGCMGUGGCCAUGGGCCCAGCCCAGGGACUCCGCUGCCACGUGUGCUCCAGCUCCACCAACUGUAAGCAGCCGCAGACCUGCCCAGCCAGCUCCCACUACUGCAGGACCAUGACCACAGUGGAGCCUCUGUCGGGGAACCUGGUGAGGAAAGAGUGCGCAGAGUCGUGCAGGCCCGACAACAGCCAGCAGGGCCAAGUCAGCAGCGGCGUCCAGUCCACCCAGUGCUGCCAGGAAGACCUGUGCAACGAGCAGCUGCACAGCUCUGCGCCCGCCCGCACCCUGCUCCGCGGCGCCACCCUGGGCCUGCUGCUGGCCCUGGGCCUCCUCGCCAGCGUGGCCCCCAGCCUGUAA